UUGAAAUGUCCGAUCACCUCAUUUUGAAAAAUUGCGUAAUAAUUUUUACGCUAAUUAUAUUUUCCUGCAUGUACUUACUGUUGAACAUGACAUUCUUUCAACGUGGUUUAUGUGCUCUCUUCAGUAUUGACGGGAAAUCACAAAACUGAAGAAACCAUUACAUAAAGCCGCGAUUUGAAAAAAAAUAUUCAACUUAAAUUGAUUCAAUUGUUCAAAAAAAAAACUUGAGUCUGAGUCAGGAUUAAUUAGAGAAGAAAUACAAUGGGUGUGUAAUCAGUCGUAUGUAUAGAUAUUUUUUGGUAAAAUAAAAUAAUGCAAUAAAUAAUAAUACAUCAAACAUUCAUACUAGUAAUUAUUCAUCGAUUUUCGUCUAGACUAGCUCGGAGGAAAACGAAAGUCGAAUACAAAAUUAGCAAAAAAUUUCAACUCCAGUAAUUACACGAGUAAUUACACCUAUAAGUCAGAAGUCGAGCGUUUCCUUGUCUUCCUACGAUUGGUUGAUGAAUUAUUACCAAUUCUAAGGCGACAUGUGAUUGGUUCAACAAGUGUCAUAGCUGUAUAACUGGCGGCAUUUUUGAAUUUAAUUUGUUUCUGAAAAUCACACAAUCUGAUAUGUCAGCGCGUUGUAUUGCGACACAUGCGCAGACAUCUUAAACUGCCGGUGGUGGCGGCGUGAAUUUCUAUUUUGGUUAGGUUAGAAUGUUAUAGUUCUAGUUCGGUAUGUGAACAUAUGAUUAUUAAUUUUAGGGUUUUCUUAUUUUAAUUAAUUAUAAAUUAAUGUGAUGCAAUCAGCAUCAUGACUGAAAGACGUAAAGAAGAUACUUUGGUUAAACUAAGCAGUUUGAGCUGGCAGAGAAAAUUGAACGAACGUAAUUCUUCCCCGAAAUGUGUGUAUAACAGUGAUAAUGCCCAGUUUUGGAAAUCUGACGCAAAACCGAAUUCUGAUUCAGAAUCACGACCCAAUGAAUACAAUAACGAAUUACAUAUCAAUCAAACACCCUCUUUCAAGACUAAAAAUGGGUUCACGCGUGCUAAACAAGAUGAAGACGAUCGCUUCUUCAACAAUGAUAUCAAAAAGUUUGACACAGCCGAAGAAACUUCCAUAGAUCAAGGAUAUGAACGCCAGGCUAAGAAUAAAAAUGAUCAUGGAUCAAUAUACCGGAAAGACGAAAAGGAGAAUUUGAAUAUUCAAAGAAAUGAAUAUAGAAAUCACUCUGGUCAGCACUUCAAUUCGCAGAAUCAAAAAUAUUCCAGAAACUUUGACAAUAAAUCACCUAAUCAUGAUCGAAGUGAAGGUGAAAACGUCGGUAAGAAAGAUCAGCGGUAUUCUCGUCAGCCGCAGUCGCGGAAUUAUAAUCAGAAUAAUCGUGGCUAUAAUCGUACUCAAGAGAGGUCCAAUCAACAGAAUAAUUAUAACCGGAAUGAUGCUAAAAAUCGAAGCAACUAUCAGAACACUCCCCGAAUCCAACAUUUUCAGAAAAAUAGCGAUAAUAAUGCUGAAGAAUCUUCACGUUCGAAUGAGAAUUCUUUUUCUCACGUUUCGUCUAAUUAUUCGAAACAAGGAUCUGGUCUUACUCAAGAAAAGUCCACUCCCGGAAUACACUAUCAACGGCGUUUUCCAUCGAAAACGAGUAAUAAGAAUUGCAGCUUUAACGUUGCGAAUAAUCAGUCUGCUAAAUCCAUUGCCGAAAAUUUCUUCUCUCAAACUGAGCAAUUCGCUCAGUUGAAUUUGUCUUCGGAAAACUGUACUUCGAGCUUGGAGAAUAUUUCCAAUCAUUAUCAGAACUUCAAUAGUGCUGAUAAUUACUCAACUCAUUCUUUUUCGGAUCAGUUUACUGCUGGAAUUAGCGAACCCGUUCCUACUAAUGUGCAUCCGAAUGAUACGUUCCGAACAAGCAUUCAGGUGAAUCAAUCAUCGAACAUUCCUGUUACAACUGCCAAUUUCGUCGAUAGUUAUGUUUCAUCGGGUCAAUCACGGGUAAACAAUAAUUUCGCUGAUUGUUCGUAUUCCAAUCAAAUCACCGCCAGUUCAUCAAGUCAGUCGUUGAUGAAUGAUAACUUCUGUGAUUGUUCCUGUUCACGUCAAAUCGCCGCAAUAAGACCACCGAGCCGAUCAUUGGUCAGCAGUAAUUUCGCCAGUGGUUCUUAUUUGAAUCAAAUUACCGCUGAAAAUCCUUCAAGUCCAUCAAUGUUGAACGAUAAUCUUACUGAUGGCUCCUAUUUGAAUCCGGUCUCCGCAAUAAGGCCGGCGAGUCGAUUAUUAGCGAAAGGUAAUCUCGUCAAUUUUCCUUAUUCAAAUCAUAUCACCGCCGGAAAUUCUCCAAGUCAGUCGCUGAUGAAUGAUAAUCUCAGUGAUUAUCCUUAUUCUAAUCAGAUCGCCCCAAUAAGGCCACCAAGUCGAUCAUUGGUGAACGGGAAUUUCACCAACUGUUCCCGUCAGAAUCCGGUUCUUGCAACGUGCGCUCUUCCGAAAGAUGAAGUUAGUCAGUUCGGCAAUAAAUAUACUUCAAACGAUGUUAUUUCGACUACGUUUUCUUCGCUGUCUCCACAUGUAGCGGAUUUCAUUCCUAGACAAAAUCGAAUUCAGAAUUCCAACCAAAUGGAAUUUCCUAGUGCUGCGAAUCUUCAAUUAGAUGGUAAUUUGGAGAAUACGUACGCAUUUUCGUCAUCGACGCUGAACAACAGUCAACAUCGAAAUGCGACUUGGUCAUCUCAAAGCAAUGUUUCGAGUUGCAACGAAACUAUAAAUUUCCGUAAUGGCGUCGAAAUGUUACCGACAUUUUUUCAAAAUGAUUCCAGUGUAGGAUUAAGCGGAGUUUUCAGUCAGCAACAGACAGCAGCUCCUGACACACCGAGGGACGGUCAGUUGUUCAAUUUUAACGGACAUAUGGUGAAUUUAUCGGGUAAAGAUAAUCAACCAGUUGUUAACGAGUAUGCUCCUUCUUACGAUAACGCUCAAAAUAUUUACUCGCACCCGAACAAUUCGAUCGAUGGUCAGUUUAAUUACGAUAUCAACGGAAGCCCCGGUACUGAUAAUUAUCCUGAAAACCUCAGUUUCAAUAAUCAGCAAAUCUCUAAUAUAUUACAAAUAGCUAGUUUGAAUUUGGAUCAGGAAUCUAUUUCGAUUCCCCCUUCAGGCUGUCAACGUAUUAACGACAUGUUUCAAAUGGCUGAUGUCAACGUAAAUGUGAACGAGAAUAUUGUCGGACAGACGAACGCAUCAAUUUUAUCACAAACCGUCGUUAACAACCCGUCUAAUCUAUCACAUUGCGAAGUAAGGCGAAAUUCACGUGUGAACAUAAUGCAAGAUUAUUAUAUGAAACCAGCUGCUGACGUCGCGAAUAAUUUGAAAUCUAACGAAUCCGAAGAAUUGAAUUCCACACUAGAAAAAGUAGCUCAGCAGUUAUUUAACGUAAACAAGUACGUUACUAAUGCUGAAAUGAACACUGGAACGAUUACGACUAAAGAUACAGUUUGCGAUUCUAAUAAUUCGAAACAAUUCAAUAUGGCAUCGUUUAAACGGUAUAAAAGUGAACAGGAGAAAUAUCGACAGUACGAAAAUAUAUCCAUCAAUAAUGGAAAUAAUACUUUAUUGUCGUCCAGUGGUUCGAAUACCUAUUACGAAAAUUCAUUCAUGCCGGUUCCUGCGGAAACAUGUAAAUCAUAUGAAUCUUUCCCAUCCCAGAUCCCUGUUAGCUCUAAUUUCAUCUCAAAUCAAGAUCAACAGUUCCUUAUGGGAUCAAGAUAUUAUGACGGAAACCUGAAUAAUAAUUCAGUAUUGCCAACCGAAGUCGUCACAAAUAUGAAAACUUCUGAAGCUAGCCUGACGAACAAUUUUAAACAAAAUUACGUUCAUGGACGGAAUAAUAUUCCGAUGAAUUCAGCCGAUCGGAAUAAUUACGCGAAUAUGUCUUUUGAAACCGGUAGAUCGCCCUAUGAUCGCCAGAUCAGAAAUGAAUCCACUCGAAAUAACACUAAAAGAUUGUUCAACAAUCAAGUCCGCAUUACAAAUGAUAAACCUGUCAAUUCGAUGAUCUUUAAUGUGAAAGACGAUUGCUACACCAAUUUUAACCAAAAAGCUCGUCAGAGAGACUUCGGUAAACCGAAACCUGAUGUCGCUCUGGGUAAAGCUCCAUCAGUGGGUAUAUUGAAAAAAUCCACCAACUCAGUUUUGGAUACUACUAUCCAGUUUCAGAGAUCUCCAAAAGAUCAAAAUGCCGAUGAUUCUUACAAUUCAUCGAAAGAAAAUUCGCUCUCAAGCAAACGAGUUUCUUUUUUACUCGAAAAUCUCCAGUGAAUGGUACAUAAUAGCAUAAUAGAAGUUUACAAACGACAUUUUUAGACUUAUCAGUUUUUUUACCGACUUUAGGUACUAUUUUCGUUUCUUUAUUAUAAUUUUUUUAUAAAUAUUCAGUUUUAAGGUUUUAUAUGUACUUACUAUCUCAAGAAUUUGUGCUUCACUCGUCAACGUAGUACAUCAAGUGCGAAGAUUAUAAAUAGACGAAUUAGUUUACUAAUUGAAAAUGCAAUGAAAUAUCGAUCUAUUUCCUUUUCUCAUUUUUUUACGUAUAAAUCGAUGGAAUCUAUAUUUUAGAUAAUAAUUACCUACUAUUAAUUAAUUUUUAAUCACUAGAUUUAUUUACGUUCGUUUGACGAUUUAAUACAUCGAACGACUACCUGAAAAUACUAUUCUUUUUUAUUUUACUUUAAGAAAAGUAUUUGAACUUUUGUUACUUCUUUUUCCUUUUUUUGAAAUUGAAAUGAUCUAUACUAUAUUAUACAUAUCUUGCGCGUUUGUUUAUUAAGUUUGUAUUUGUUUUGUUAUCAGUUCUUAUUCCUUUUUUUAGAAUAAAUGCCUUUUUAUUCGUAUAUAUGUAAGAAUUUUCGUUGCGAAUUUGAAAUAAUGGCAUUUGAAAAACUAAAAUUUGAAUCGCGAUGUAUUUUUUGAUGGCAAAUAUCUUUGUAAAAAUUUAUCAAUUUGGAAUGUUUUUUCCCUGUUAUCAUCGUAUAGGUACUUGCCAAAAAAAAUUGGUGUUCUUACGGUUGGUAAUUUUCUGUGCAACUAUGCAUGAUCGGAAUGUUGGAUUGUAAUCGAAAUUGAAAAAUAUACAGAGUUAAAAGUA